CCGGGCGGGUGCAGCGCCGCCAUGGCCGCCCGCGUCCUGAACGUGAAUGUGGGAGUGCUGGGCCACAUCGACAGCGGGAAGACGGCGCUGGCGCGGGCGCUCAGCACCACCGGCUCUACCGCCGCCUUCGACCGGGCGCCGCAGAGCCGCGCGCGGGGCAUCACGCUGGACCUGGGCUUCUCCUGCCUGCGCACCGCGCUGCCGCCGCAGCUCGGCCCGGGGCCCGGCGAGCUGCAGCUCACGCUGGUGGACUGCCCGGGGCACGCCUCCCUCAUCCGCACCAUCAUCGGCGGUGCCCAGAUUAUCGAUUUAAUGAUGCUUGUGAUAGAUGUGACAAAAGGGAUGCAGACACAGUCAGCAGAGUGCUUGGUAAUUGGGCAAAUUGCCUGCCAGAAGAUGGUGGUAGUCCUGAACAAAAUAGAUCUCCUUCCAGAAGGGAAGAGACAGAGUGCCAUUGAGAAGAUGACUAAGAAAAUGCAGAAGACCUUGGAAAAUACCAAAUUCUCUGGGUGUCCUAUUGUUGCUGUUGCAGCAAAGCCUGGUGGACCAGAAGCCCCAGAGUCUGAGAAUCCACAGGGUAUUUCUGAAUUAAUCGAGGUCUUGAAGUCUCAGGCUUACCUGCCAUCAAGAGACCCCUCAGGACACUUCCUUAUGGCAGUUGACCACUGUUUCUCUAUCAAGGGUCAAGGCACAGUGAUGACAGGGACCAUUCUUUCUGGCUCUGUUAGCCUUGGUGACAAUGUGGAGAUUCCUGCCCUGAAGGUGACAAAGAGGGUCAAGUCCAUGCAGAUGUUCCAUACUCCUGUGACUUAUGCAAUGCAGGGUGACAGAGUAGGUGUCUGCGUGACCCAGUUUGAUCCCAAGCUGCUGGAACGAGGCCUGAUUUGCACCCCAGAUUCACUUCACACCAUCCACGCUGCCAUCAUUUCCUUGAAGAAAAUUCAGUAUUUUCGAGGAGCCCUUCAGACUAAGGCCAAGUUCCACAUCACAGUCGGUCACGAGACAGUUAUGGGAAGAGUGAUGUUUUUCAGUCCAGCCCCUGCUGACUUCAAUGAAGAAAUUCAAGAAAAUGAGUUUGAUUUUGAAAAAGAUUAUCUUUAUCAAGAGCAAUAUUUGUCCAAGGACUCAGUUUCUUCAGAGGAGAACAAAGAAAAUGACCAGACAGGAGAAGUGCAGCUCCCAAAACAGCAGUGGGCUUUGCUGGAGUUUGAAAAACCAGUCACUUGUCCUAAACUGUGCCUUGUGAUUGGCUCUAAGCUGGAUACAGAUAUUCAUGCCAAUACCUGCAGGCUGGCAUUCCAUGGGGUACUCCUCCAAGGCAUGGAAGACAAGAACUACGCAGAGACUUCCCUUCCAAAGCUGAAAGUGUACAAACAGAAGCACAAAGAAGGACAAGUGGAAAGGGUGAUGGACGAUUACAGUGUGAUUGGUCGUUCAUUGUUUAAAAAGGAAACAAACAUCCAGAUUUUUGUGGGUCUGAAAGUGAAACUGUCAACAGGAGAAGAUGGAAUAAUAGAUGGUGGUUUUGGACAAAGUGGUAAAUUCAAAAUCCGAAUUCCAGAUGGGCUGAAGCCAGAUACCAAGAUGCUGCUGACUGCUGCCUCCAAGAAGAAAUCUAAGGGAGGGAAGGGGGAUAUGACCAAAGAGGAUGAAAGCAGCAAGAAUGAUUCAGCCCAACCUGUUACUAUCUCUCUUAUCUUUAAAAGAUACGUUUUUGACACACAGAAGAAAAUGAUUCAGUCCUGAGGAAACAAGAGAGAGGCCUCUGAUUACACCUUAAAGUCCAGACCCUGAAAUGCAUUGAGGUGGAAUGUGUUUCUUGUUCAAACACAUUAGACCUGUUCCUUCCUCACAAACAGAGCCUGGAAGCUUUUCCUGACUGUGCCCCCAUCCAGAAUCUCUGCAAUCUCAGAUUGUUCUGUUCAAAUUUGCUUAUUUUGUAAUUUCUGUGAUGUGCAUCUUUAUGGCAUCUCAGAGAAUCUCACCUGCCAGAUGAGCAGCCCUGGGUGUACAUUCUAAUUGCACUGUUUUCCUGGAUAAUUGUGUUGAAGUUUCUCUUGAUUUAGAAGUUUGCCACCAAGUCAGGAUGUGAAUUUCAUGUGACCCACAAAGUGAAGCUGAUUAUUCUAGGCUUACUUCUUUGAGCAAAGUGGGAGACAGAAGGCGUACUAUUUAAUAGUUGAAAGCUAAAAUGGAUGUUUCACAUUCCUUCAGUUGCAGCUAUGUGAGAUGCUAUGUGAGAGAUGGUAUGGAUGUUUUUUAGAAAUACAGUUCAUAUCUAGAAAUGUUUUCCAUAUUAAACAUAAUGAUCUGUGUAGCUGAGAGUCUUAAUUGUUCUGUUUGCUGUUCCAAAGGUUCAGAAUUUAUCUUCAUUGACAUUUUAUGUAACUUUUUUGAUUUUCCUGCCUGUUCUGCAAUGAAUCCUAUUCCAAAACUGUUUUCUUUU